AGAACCAAAAGGAACAACAUCGACCAGGGGCGACAAUUUUAUCUCUGGAUCCUUAGACAAAGCCUCAUCAGCGCAGACACAUUUCGAUAACAGUGCUACCUCGGUAGAUUAUGAGCGAGAUGCUGACAUGCACAGCCAGGACAACAUUGCUACUUUCAGUAGCCCUGUCGAAAAGAGUAGAAGCGUACCGAGCAUGCAAAGUGAAACUAGUUCCACUCCACGUUCUAAUCGAGACACUUCAGUAUUUCUUUCUCUACCAUAUUCACACCUUCCCACUCCUCAAAGCCCGAAUAGUAUGGGCUCUUAUGUCCAUACCAUCCCUCGUCUACAGUUUGCCAUGUCUCACGAAAUGCAGCCCGAGCAUUUAAAGUUACUAGACCCAGCAAUUUUGCAACAUCAUGAUGGUUCCUUUAUUCCUCGUGCUUCCGUAUUCACUAGACAAGUUGUUACACCAGAUUCUAGUCCAUUGUUGGCGAGGACGAAAGGACAUUCUGCCCUGCUUAACAGAUCUUCAGAUUCUCCUUCCUUAAACAGUGAAGACACGCCCUCACAUCAAGCUAUUUCUGACGGCGGAUACACGGUCGACCCUCCAUCGAAGAUGAUCGUUCAGCCUUCUUUUAAUCCUCAGAGUGCGUUAUCCUCGACCAGCAAUCUUACCACCAGCGAGGGUGCUUCUCAGCCUAUUUACGACACUGUUCCUCAAUCUUUCUCUCUUGAUCAUGUUCACGAUGUCUUCACUGCCCCUAUCCCGUCCAAUUCGAGGGAGAGUGUAUCGAGCAUUAAUGUAGAAGUAAAAGACAACGUCAUUCUUGCUCCAGUAACGGAAAUGCGGCGGCCUGACUAUUUCAAACGUGCCAAGCGCGCCACACCAGAUACAGGAUUCGACGAAAUAGAAGAUGUAGAUUUGGAAGAGCGAGGUCACGCAUUACCAGGAAUCGGUGUCACCGUGAGUCCAAAUAGAGGGAGAAGAUUGAAAUUAUUCCAAGAAACCUCAGACGAAAGUUUCGAGCAAAGCCUAAUGUUUGGCAGUUUUGAUCGAUUUCGACCGACAGAAGAAUGGCCACAUCCAUCCUUUUCUGAGACUGGGGAAGCUCAUCAAGAUGCGACCAAUGGUGCUAGCCUUGAGCUCAGUGAGAAGGAGCUCAAAAAGCGCAGUAGACUUGCAGCAUUUCUUGCUUCUACACAGACAUGUGGUCCCAGUAGGCUGCGUCCUGUUGAUGUAGAAGGGCGGGGGAGGGUUCUACUAGAUACCUCUAUCGCAAACUUCCAAGAAUCGACCAGCCCGAGCUCAUCAAGAAGAAAGGGAACUCGCCGUAGAAAGAAAAAUGCGACAUCUGCUUCAGUUCCAAACGCCAUGGACAUGAACAUUGAUGGCGAUCACAGCACGGAUGCACCAAAUUGGCCAGAUUCAGAGUUUCCUUGGCGUCUACGGGCAGAACAGCGCACUAAUCUUACCGAAGCCGAACAGGAGGAGCGGCUUCAUUGGAUUGGGAAGUUCUUGGAUAGGGAUUCUGAUGACGAUGAUGUCGAAGAUGAUGCCUUCGGCUUCCAUCGAUCUGAGAACCCUGAUAAGGUGUUGGGAGAUGGAGAACAUGGUCGUCUUUUAUUGCCACAGAGAACUGGAAAAUCCCUACAAACCGCUCUUCUGUCGGGUGACCCAGCUGACGCCAGAAUUGCGCUUCUAUCGAAACGAUCUCUCCGAUCUCUUGCAUAUAAGAAGCCUCGUCGCAACGGAAGAAACGCUGAUAUGAAUGAGGACGGUAUAGACUGUGUCUGCAAUGGUCGCAACGAUGGGGAAGAGUUAGUGCAAUGUGAUCAGUGCCAUACUUGGUAUCACCUACAGUGCAUUGGCAUUAGGAACGUAAAAGAACUGGGGAGAGAAGAAGACCCUUGGUUUUGUCCCCCAUGCGUUGAAGUGAUGGGGUUGCCGUCACCUCGAGAACCAACCUUCGUCCCAACAGAUGAAAAGCUCACUCAUAAUCCUGCAUAUGACCCUCCUUUUUUUCAAGGUAGCUUUCAGAUGUCUCCCGCCACUCCAUGGGGUCCAUCCCGCCCUCCAAAGACGCCGCCACGGAAUAACAAUGCCACUGCUGGAUUCUCUUCCGGAUCUUCGUGGGAUGAGCCGUCUAAGCAAGGACCAGUGACGCCCCAGUUUCCCUCCCAGAGUGCUCGGGUGUACACAACUCCAGGUCCAUUCGACAAUAUCAAGCUCGACGAAUCUCCAUACGACCCUACAUCGACGCCAUCAAGAGGAAUAAAUUUCGGCCCUCCCUUUUCCACUCCCAAAACUGGCCUGUGGUCUGCUCGUGCUCCUAGGAAGCGCGCUGCUUCCAUCGCGGAUGAGCGGCAGCGGUGGCAACGAACAUUCAUUGACGCUGUAUCCUUUUACUCAAGACGAUAGUCCAUUACGGGUUAAUCAAUCGAGCAUAAAACCUCCCGUCCACAGCCGUCUACCGGAUUCUCCGUUGGCUGGAAAACGCUCGCGUCGUGGUGCUGAUGAAUCCCCGGUUCUACGAGCAGAGGUUUUAAACAAUAGAGGCGUCAAGGGCAAGUAGAUUCAACCCCUGUUCUCAUUUUCCAAGACUAUCGUAGCAGAUAUACCAAUAAUGUCCACGUAUUGGGAUGAUAGUGUGAUGUCAAUAUCUGGUGUUCUUAUUUGUAUGUCUUCCCUUUGUAUAUCGUAUUUUGGUACAUUCGUCGCGCUACCUCUGCUGUCGAAACUUUACAGUAAACUAUUUCUUAGGGUGUAUCCUGGUAAUAAUCACGCUUUUAGAUAUAUUGGUUGUUGACGUCGCGCGUU